UGGAGUGGGCCUGGGAAAUGAGUUUAAUGUGAGAUUUUCAAAAGAAAUUUACGUUAUAGUCACGAUAAACUUGAUGGAAGGUUGCAUUGCUUUUAUGAAACAUCAAGGUAGCCAGUGUAUUUGAGAAGGGUGUCACCUUUAGUAGCUUGGACUUUUUGUAAUGUUACUCAGUGUUCAGAAGUCUUCAAAGCAGGAGUUAUAUUAGUCCAUAGAGCACAUCUUCCCAACAGAUAUGGUGACUGUAACUAUAUAGUGUUAAUUUUUUUUUUUUAGUUGGCAGCAUUUAAAAAUCAAGAGACCUCAUUUAAAUUCCAGAUUUCUGGCAUCUCUGGGAAAAUGGAAGAGCUGGCAAUAUAGGGUCCAUAUUCCCGCCUGGUACCGAGUAGCUGGAGGGGGAGAUAAAUGUCAUGGUGAUAUCAGGAGCUUCUGUUAGAUGAGGCAUGUGCCCUAGCUUGCUCCCGUCCCCGUUACUUGUUACCAUCUUCAUAUACAGCCUGAUUUACUCCUUCACCUUAGCUGCCUAGAGUUUGUGACUCCUGCAAUAGAGGUUAUAGAAUGAAGUCGUUAGCUUGGUAUUUAGAGCUUUCUAUGAUGUUGUUUUCAUGGAACCCUGGUGGCGUAGUGGUUAAGGGCUAUGGCUGCUAACCAAAAGGUUGGCAGUUCAAAUCCGCCAGGAGCUCUUUGGAAUAUGGGGCAGUUCUACUUUGCCCUGUAGGGUUGCUGUGAGUUGGAAUCGAUUCGAUGGCAACAGGUGUUGUUUGGUUUUUUUUUGCGAUCUUGUUCCAGUCCUUUUACUCAAGCUAAACUAGGCUAUUUAUGUUUUUUUCUGAAUUACUGUUUUACUUUCAUAUACUUGUAUUUUUAUUCAUAUGUUGUUCUCAACUUAGAAUGUUCAUAAUUGUUUGUAUAUCCAGCUAUAGUUAUUCAAACUGCUUCUAUUCACAUCCUGCUUAGGAUCUCCAAGUUGUGCCAAGCUUCUUGAUUCUAGUGCUCCUUCAGUAGAUAUCAACGAGAUCAGUAUUUUAAGAUAGAUUUUGUGCCCAAGCUUGGGGGCUUGUCACAUAACUUUUAUAAAUUGAGGACACAGAAUUUCCAGGUGUUGUGGUGCGACCAAUUGGUGAAUUUCGGAGUUCUAUAGAUUACCAAUAUCAACUUCUUCGGUGCAAUGUUGACCUUUUAAAAAUUAUCCAGCUGGGCCUUACUUUUACGAAUGAGAAGGGAGAAUAUCCUUCUGGAAUCAACACUUGGCAGUUCAACUUCAAAUUCAAUCUUACAGAGGACAUGUACUCCCAGGAUUCCAUAGAUCUCCUUGCUAACUCAGGACUACAGUUCCAGAAACAUGAAGAGGAAGGGAUUGACACAUUGCACUUUGCAGAGCUGCUUAUGACAUCGGGGGUGGUUCUCUGUGACAACGUCAAAUGGCUUUCAUUUCACAGUGGCUACGACUUUGGCUACAUGGUAAAGCUCCUUACGGAUUCUCGUUUGCCUGAAGAGGAACAUGAAUUCUUUCAUAUUCUGAACCUUUUCUUCCCAUCUAUUUAUGAUGUGAAAUACCUGAUGAAGAGUUGCAAAAAUCUUAAGGGAGGUCUUCAGGAAGUUGCAGAUCAGUUAGAUUUGCAGAGAAUUGGAAGGCAGCACCAGGCAGGCUCGGACUCACUGCUGACGGGGAUGGCGUUCUUCAGGAUGAAAGAGUUAUUUUUUGAGGACAGUAUUGAUGAUGCCAAGUACUGUGGGCGGCUCUAUGGUCUCGGCACGGGCGUGGCCCAGAAGCAGAAUGAGGAUGUGGACUCUGCCCAGGAGAAGAUGAGCAUCCUGGCCAUCAUCAACAACAUGCAGCAGUGAUGGCGGCGGGGCUCUGCCGGGGCGGGGGCCUGCCCCAGAGUGGUGCUGACCGUGCUGACUGGUCUCUGCAUACUUGCCUCCUUCCCUGAGAGAGAGUGCUUCUUUUGAGCAAGCUGUACCUACCAUCUGUGUCGAGCAGAAAGACUUCCGUUUUACCGAAGACAAAUGACGUCUUUAUUUUAGAUCUAGAAGAGGGGCAUUUACUCUGAAUUUGUAAACAAGUGUUUCCUAUUCCUCAUCCCCAAGCCUCUCUUCUCCAGUUGCCUCCUGCCACCAGCAUCCAUGGUUCCUUUGACACCUUUUUAAAUAUCUAGGACAAGUCAGAAACAAAUUAGUAAAAUGUAUAUAACUCUUACCUGUUGUCAUUCUUUUUCUUUUAAAUUUGUUACUAAUCUCUGAGGGUGAAGACUUUUGCUAUGAUUCUCAGCUGAGCUGAGGGCUUCCAGGGAAAAUGGAACAAAAUGGUGUUCUUGUGAAGUGGGUUAUAAAUGUUGUCUUCCUUUCCUUUCUUUUUAAAUUUUUUGACCCUCUCGAGGACAUCUACUUUCCUCACACUUUGGUGGUCUUGCUUUAUGUACCUGUACUAAUGAAUUGCUCAGUGCUGAAAUUUGAAGACCAGAUAAUGAAAACUUUUCUUGAAAGCAGACAUUCUACUCCACUCCUCAUGAGAAACUUCAUAAUGGGUAUCAAGUUACCACUUAGGUGUCUUGAAGUCUGUGUUCCAUUGUGCCACAGAGAUCUGCUGUCACGUGUGUACCAUCUGAAAUCAUUUUAAGUUUUCAUAUAAUAAAAUAUCCUGGAUUUGAUCCUGAAGGAAAUGAAUUAGACCAGAUUUAUGGGUCAUAAAUCUGUUGUAUUUUCAGUAAUGUGAUUUCAGGUGGUCAUCUGUGUUCUCUCACCUCUCCUCUCUGUUUUCCCUACUUUUCCUUUCAGCAAACUUGAUGCUGGUGAGAUGAUUAUUGUGAGUACCAGAAAUGUGAGUCUUUAAAAAAUUCUAGUAGUUACAAGUUAACAGGGCAGUAAAGGAAUUUGAUUUUUGUUGAUAGAGUUCUCUUGGAGUAGUAUCCCACAACUGGGGAGGAAGCUCAGGACCUUUUUUUUUUUUUUUUUUUAAGCUAGUCAUUUAAAAAGUACACUAUAUUUUUUGGAUGACUACAGUAUGGACAAAUAAAAAAACCAAAAAUCCCUUUAGAGUGACAGAAAUUAAAACUGGUAACUCACUGAAGUGGAUGAAUAGUCUUACAUUUUAAAAACUUACAGGAAACCCAAUUUGAAAUGAUUAAAAAAUGUCAAGUAUUAUAAGCUGGUAUUUAAGAUGCUUGUAAAUAUUAUUUAUGUUUUUAAUUUUGUAAAAUAAAGAUUUUUUUUUUAAACACUGGCAUAAAGGUUGGUCUUUUAUAAAUAUCAAUCGUUAGCUCUGGAGCAUGGUCAUCUGACUUCAGUGAUAUCGAAGCAUCUUGUUUAUCCUCAAAUGCUUGCCCCCAUUUUCCCCAAGUUGGCUUGUCACACAUUGUAGGUUUUUAAUGAGCAACUGUGUACAUGGAAUUGCCUCUCCACCUCAUAGUCCCUGCUGAUCAUUGGGCCUUACUAGGAAAAGAGUUUAUUUCCUGGAGCUACUCUUACAUGUUGGAUCAGCUUGUUAAUUAGUGAAAAUCCUUUAGACAGACUGAACGUCUGAUACCCUCCACUUUGCUCAGGACCAUUUCUAGCCCUUUAUGUUGGCACAGAAGAUGAUGUGGGGUUGUAAGAAGUCAGGUAUAAGCGCAGAUCUAGGAUUUUGACUGGGAUGCUCACAUAUACAAAGAGCUAAAGGCAUUUCACUAUAAGAUUUGGGAUAAAAGCAGCAUGGGCCAGUGGUUCACAACCAAGGUGCUUUGGCCUGCUGGUGACUGAGCCUUAAACAGAUAACCUUCCAAACUUGGAUCAAAAUGGGGAAUUUAUCUUUGCCAUAGUUGAGGACAAACUCUUACAUGUGAGGAGAAAUGUUAAGAUGGAGAGUUGAACUCAGUGUUGAGUGGGAGGGGUAGUCUGGUCAUGGCAUGGGAGGAAUAAGACACAGCUUAUUAAAGUGGUGAUAAAAAAAGAGCACAAACCCAAGGGACCUGAAACCAGCAAUAACUUAUGUACACCAAUGUUCACUGCAGCACUAUUCGCAAUAGCCAGAAAGUGGAAACAAAUGCUCAUCAAUGGAUGAAUGGAUAAACAAAAAGUAUAUAUGUAACAGUGGUAUACCACUCAGAGAAAUGAAGUCUUCAUACGUACUACAACAGGGACAGGGCUUGAAGACAUUAUUGAGUGAAAUUAGCCAAUCACAAAAAGACAUAUAACCUCAUAUAAAAAGGCAAGAACAGGCAGAUGUAUAGUGACCAAAGUUUAUUAGUGGUUACCAGGGGUGUAAGGGGAAAAGAGAGAGUUAUUGCUCAUGGAGCACUAAGUUCUGGUUUACAGUGAUGGAAAAAUUACAUGGAUUAACGGUAAGGGUCGCACAACUAGCUAAUAUCACUAGGUUUACACCUGUAAAAAAUAUUGUAUUUACAAAAACAAAAAAGCUUCUGAGGCUGCUUAUGUGCAACCAAUGCCUCACGGGAUUUGUUGGAUUUCUUGGUUUGGAGGUUUAGGAUCAUGGUUUCAUGGGACAUCUUCCCAGUUAAUUGGCCUAUUACAGUGUUUAGUGUUUCAGUUCUACCUCCUAGUUCGUUAUGUACUGCCUAUGGUCUAAAAGCUUGCAAAUGGCCAUCCAAGGUACAACUGAUCUUUAUUCGCCUGGAGCAACUGAGGAGAUUCAGGAAUACGAAGAAGAAAUGCAAUGUGUGGCUCCAUAACCAACUGCCUCCUUUGCCAUGAGACCAAAACUGGAUGUGCCCUGUUACCAUUACUGAACAUUCUGAUCAAAGAUUCUGUAGAAGUAUCCUGAUCAAAAGGGGAAGAUGCAGAGCAGAAUUUCAAAUUCUCAUGGAAUCCAGACAUUCUGGAGCCACUGAGGCUGAACGAGCCCUUGAAGCUACUGCCCUGAGAUGAUCUUUAAAUCUUAAACCAAGAAUAACUUUAAGUCUUUAAACCCAAACCCAACAGUUUGAUUCAUAAAGAAUGUGCCUUGAGCACUGUGCUCUUUUAAGAACUAUAUGGGAUCAAACUGACAACAGAACUUGAUAGAUAGGAACCUUAAGGGGCAGCGAGUUUAUGUUAACAUGGGAAGAACAAUUCGGAAAAGGGGGAUGAGGAUGACUAGACAACUUGAAGAAUUUAAUCAAUGUCACUGAAUUGUACAUGCAGAAACUGUUGAUGUAUGUUCUGCCGUGUAUAUUCUUAACAAAAAAUAAGUUUUGCUAACUGGAAAAAAAAAAAAAAGAGCCCAA